GUGCAUGUGAUCGCCGGUGCGCUGUGUCCCUGGGACACAGCGGAUCACGGAAAGAGCCGAAGAUGUCGGCUCAGUCAUGUGAUCAGCUGUGUCCAAUCACAGCUGAUCACAUGGCACUGAUGAUCAGUGUGCCCUGAUGAUCAGUGUGGCCCCAGAAGUGCCACCUGUCAGUGUCCAUCAGUGCCACCAGUCAGUGCUCAUUGUGCCAGUGCCUAUCAGUGCCACAUGUCAGUGCAUACCAGUGCACAUCAAUGCCACAUAUCAGUGCCCAUCUUAGCUGCCUUUCAAUGUCACCCAUCAGUGCCAGUCAGUGCCACCUAUCAAUGCCAAUCAGUGCCACCUAUCAGUGCCAUGCCCAUCAGUGCCACCUAUCAGUGUCCAUCAGUGCAGCCUAUCAGUGCCCAUCACUGCAGCCUCAUUAGCGCACAUCAGUGAAGGAGAAAAAUCACUUAUUUACAAAAUUGUAUAA